AUGCCGCCCCCAGAGAAGAGCCGAGGCGCCCCGGCCCAGGCGCUCGCGGGCCGCGCUCGGGGUCGGCUGCCCGGGCUGCCGUCGCCGGCGCUGUUCUGCGCCUGCGGCCUGUGCGUGCUGCUGGCGGGCGUGAACGUGACGCUGGUGGGCGCCUUCGCCUCCUUCCCACCCCGGAGCAACGCGCCGCUCGUCGUGGGGCCGGCGCUGCUGGCGCUGGCGCUCGUCUGCUUCGCGGCCUGCUGCGCGUGUAGCCGCCGGGGCCCCGCGCCCCGCGCGCGCUCGGCGCCUCAGACGCCACCUGCUGCUGCCUUGGUAGAGCAGGAGGGAAAAUGUGAGGAGAAGGUGACCUUCCAUGUGAAAGUGUCCUUCCACGGACCAGGCCAUGACUGA